UAAGGGGGAAAAAAUUUGAGUGCAUCGCGAUGGAGAAAAUGUCCCGACCGCUCCCCCUGAAUCCCACCUUUAUCCCGCCUCCCUACGGCGUGCUCAGGUCUCUGCUGGAGAACCCGCUGAAGCUCCCCCUUCACCACGAAGACGCAUUUAGUAAAGAUAAAGACAAGGAAAAGAAGCUGGAUGAUGAGAGUAACAGCCCGACGGUCCCCCAGUCAGCAUUCCUGGGGCCUACCUUAUGGGACAAAACCCUUCCCUAUGACGGAGAUACUUUCCAGUUGGAAUACAUGGACCUGGAGGAGUUUUUGUCAGAAAAUGGCAUUCCCCCCAGCCCAUCUCAGCAUGACCACAGCCCUCACCCUCCCGGGCUGCAGCCAGUUUCCUCAGCUGCCCCCUCGGUCAUGGACCUCAGCAGCCGGGCCUCUGCACCCCUUCACCCUGGCAUCCCAUCUCCGAACUGUAUGCAGAGCCCCAUCAGACCAGGUGACAAAAGAUGGAAAACAUACAGCAAGAAUUUCAAAGGUCAGCUGUUGCCAGCAAACCGCAAUACACCGAGUCCCAUUGAUCCUGACACCAUCCAGGUCCCAGUGGGUUAUGAACCAGACCCAGCAGAUCUUGCCCUCUCCAGCAUCCCUGGCCAGGAAAUGUUUGACCCUCGCAAACGCAAGUUCUCCGAGGAAGAACUGAAGCCACAGCCCAUGAUUAAGAAAGCUCGCAAAGUCUUCAUCCCUGAUGAUCUGAAGAAGCACAGACAACUAAUCAGCCAACAACCAGUGCACACCUGCCCAAGCUUGCUUACCCCGAUAUUCUUCAAGGAGCAGCCUCCUCCCUCCUACCCGGAAGAAUUCUGGAUGACAAGUACUGGGCAAGGCGCAGAAAGAACAACAUGGCAGCCAAGCGCUCCCGUGACGCCCGGAGGCUGAAGGAGAACCAGAUCGCCAUCCGGGCCUCGUUCCUGGAGAAGGAGAACUCGGCCCUCCGCCAGGAGGUGGCUGACUUGAGGAAGGAGCUGGGCAAAUGCAAGAACAUACUUGCCAAGUAUGAGGCCAGGCACGGGCCCCUGUAGGAUGGCAUUUUUGUGGGCUGGCUUUGGAAUAGAUGGACAGUUUGUUUCCUGUCUGAUAGCACCACACCCAAACCAACCUUUCUGACAUCAGCACUUUACCAGAGGCAUAAACACAACUGACUCCCAUUUUGGUGUGCAUCUGUGUGUUUGCGUGCGUGUAUAUGUGCUUGUGCUCAUGUGUAUGGUCAGCGGUAUUUGCGUGUGCGUGUUUCUUUGCUCUUGCCACUUUAAGAUAGCCCUCUCAUUGUCUUUUAGUUCCAACAAAGAAAGGUGCCAUGUUUUUACUAGACUGAGGAGCCCUCUCGUGGGUCUCCCGUCCCCUCCCUCCUUCACUCCUGCCUCCAGCGUUGCUUCAUGUUUGAGCUUACCUACUCUUCCAGGACUCUCUGCUUGGAUGCACUAAAAAGGGCCCUGGUAAGAUAGUGGAUCUCAGUAUUUAAGAGGACAAGCUCUUGUUUCUGUUUAGUCCGUAAGUUACCAUGCUAAUGAGGUGCAUACAAUAACUUCGCACUACACCGCAGCUCUAGUCCGUUAUAGGUCGCUUUCCUCUUACUUUCAGUUUUGGUGAUAAUCGUCUUCAAAUUAAAGUGCUGUUUAGAUUUAUUAGAUCCCAUAUUUACUUCCUGCUAUCUACUAAGUUUCCUUUUAAUUCUACCAACCCCAGAUAAGUAAGAGUACUAUUAUAGAACACAGAGUGUGUUUUUGCACUGUCUGUACCUAAAGCAAUAAUCCUAUUGUACGCUAGAGCAUGCUGCCUGAGUAUUACUAGUGGACGUAGGAUAUUCUCCCUACCUAAGAAUUUCACUAUCUUUUAAAAAACAAAAAGUAAAGUAAUGCAUUUGAGCAUGGCCAGACUAUUCCCUAGGACAAGGAAGCAGAGGGAAAUGGGAGGUCUAAGGAUGAAGGGUUAGUUUAUUAGUACACGAGCCAAAAACUGCGUCUUGGAUUAGCCUUUGAUAUUGAUGUGUUUGGUUUUGUUGUUUCCCUUCCUUGACACCCUGCCUUGCCCCUACUUUUCUAGUUUUUCCACAUCCUUCUUGAUAUUCAAAACAGUUACUUAAGAUUCAGUUUUCCCAUUUUUUGGUAAUAUAUAUAUUUUUGUGAAUUAUACUUUGCUGUUUUUAAAAAGAAAAUCAGUUAAUAAGUUGAUGUUUUAUAAGGCCCUUUUCCUAGUGGUGUCAUUAUUGAAUGCCUCAUAAAUUAAUGAUUCUGAAGCUUAUGUUUCUUAUUCUCUGUUUGCUUUUGAACGUAUGUGCUCUUAUAAAGUGGACUUCUGAAAAUUGAAUGUAAAAGACACUGGUGUAUCUCAGAAGGGGAUGGUGUUGUCACAAACUGUGGUUAAUCCAAUCAAUUUAAAUGUUUACUACAGACCAAAAGAAGAGAUUAUUAAAUUGUUUAAUGUUUAUACAGAGUAAUUAUAGGAAGUUCUUUUUUGUACAGUAUUUUUCAGAUAUAAAUACUGACAAUGUAUUUUGGAAGACAUAUAUUAUAUAUAGAAAAGAGAAGAGGAAAACUAUUCCAUGUUUUAAAAUUAUAUAGCAAAGAUAUAUAUUCACCAAUGUUGUACAGAGAAGAAGCGCUUGGGGGUUUUGAAGUCUUUAAUAUUUUAAGCCCUAUCACUGACACAUCAGCAUGUUUUCUGCUUUAAAUUAAAAUUUUAUGACAGUAUCGAGGCUUGUGAUGAUGAAUCCUGCUCUAAAACACACAAGGAGCUUUCUUGUUUCUUAUUAGGCCUCAGAAAGAAGUCAGUUAACAUCACCCAAAAGCACAAAAUGGAUUUUAGUCAAAUAUUUAUUGGAUGAUACAGUGUUUUUUAGGAAAAGCAUCUGCCACAAAAAUGUUCACUUCGAAAUUCUGAGUUCCUGGAAUGGCGCGUUGCUGCCAAUGUCCCAGACAGUUCUGUUCUACCCUGCGGGCCCGCACGUUUUAUGAGGUUGAUAUCGGUGCUAUGUGUUUGGUUUAUAAUUUGAUAAAUGUUUGACUUUAAAGAUGAUUGUUCUUUUGUUUCCUUAAGUUGUAAAAUGUCAAGAAAUUCUGCUGUUAUGACAAACAUUUUAUGCUAGAUUAAAUUAUCCUUUCAUCAAUUGGAUUUUCUAGUUUCCUGCCUUCAGAGUAUCUAAUUCUUUAAUGAUCUGGUGGUCUCCUUGUCAGUCCAUAAGCAAUGCUUCUCUCAUAGUGUCAUAACCUUGGGAAACCCAACCAGUAGGAUAUUUCUACUAGGUGUUCAUUUUGUCCCAAGCUAUAGAUGACAGUAGGAGAUGGGGGUAUAUUGGAAUUGCAAUAUUGUUCAGGUGGAUAAGAAAAUCAAAAACUUCUGCAGUCUUAAGCAGAGCUAAAUAAAAGAUAAUCAGUAUGAGAAACAAGUGGACAUAGAGUUGGCCAUUUUACAGGCAAAGAGGCGAAUUGUAGAAUUGUUAAAUGGCAACAGUCAUUAAAACAAAAAAAAAUAUUAUGUCUUUAAGUGGAGAAUUGUGGAAGGACUGCAACAUGGACCAUCCAAAUUUAUGGCCAUAUCAAAUGGUAGCUGAAAAACUAUAUUCGAACACUGGUCUUUCUUGGAUUAGACGUUUAUAUCAAAUGAGCAUCUCAAAUAUUUUCUGCAAAAAAAUAAAAAGAUUCUAAUAAAAUGUAUUCUUUUGUGUGCCAGGAGAGGUUUCAGAAACCUACCUCGUCUUAAAAAUUUAAACACUUUGUAGUCUGUACAGGUGCCUUAUAUGUAGGUCAUUGUCACGAUUCACACACACGAACACUCCCUCCUGGACUGGCUGCCUGUCCAUCCGGAGCAGUUAACUAGCAAAAAGGCAGAUCUGCUCCAUGGAGCGGGAGGCCAUGCGUUGACUCAGUAAUGUGGGUCAGCCAGGGUCAGAUGCAUGCCUGCAGACUGCAGCUAUUAUCGGAGACCCUAUGUCAUUUUUCACCUUUUCAUCCUAAGCAUCUUUCUGAGAUUAUUUGGCCAUUAACAGUGAAUCCAAAUCAUAUCACAAUGACAUCAUCUAGACAUAAUUUGGAAGGAGCAGCUUAGGACCUCCUGAUGAGGUUACGUUGUUGUUUCCUUUGACUAGAUUUGGCAAAGAAAGGCAAAAACUGACCAGCCUAUUGUUUUGCUGGUGCUGCCUUAAGAAGGUAGUUAGUGGAGGAGAGGGCUGUAAAUGAUUACUUCUUUCCUUUCAGAGAGUGGCCACUUUGGACCAUUCAAAAACCACAUUAGGCAAGACUGUGAUAGGCUUUUUGUCUUCAAUACAACAGGCCUCCAAGGACCCAUCCCUCAAAGCAGAAGGACCUUUGUUUGAGGAGAGUGUAGAUGGAAUUCCACAGUGGGUGAGUGGGAACUUGUACUAGAUAACCCAGAAAUUCCUUCUCACCCACUGGUUUGGUAGGGAACUCACAGCAAUUCCAAAUGUACAUUCAAAGGUCUAGGGUCUGUUUUCAGAAGAACCAAGAAGAAUUUUCAGGGUCACCUUCCCCACUGUCCCCGGGUAAAACAACAGACAUUCUGUAAAAUGCCAAGCUAUACUUUGGUUUUUCUAGUAGUUUAUCUCAUUUUACCCUAGUGUCCCUUUAAGAAAAACUUAAUCACAGUUAAUUAAAGCGAUCCCAAGGCAGGGGACCAGGCCUGCUUACCUGUGUGUGAUGACAGUUGGAGAUCUGGAUUUAGCACUGGGGUCUCAGCACCCUGUAGGUGUCUGAGACUAAGUGUUCUGCCCUCCAGGUGAUGGGCACCUUCUGCCCCUAGUCGCCCAUGUCCUCCUGAGGGCUUCUAGGUACCCCCACUGGCAAAGCCAAGGUCUCCUCCAGUUUUUUUCUGCAAUUAAUAAUGUCAUUUAAAAAAAUGAGCAAAGCCUUAUCCGAAUCGGAUAUAGCAACUAAAGUCAAUACAUUUUGCAGAAGGCUAAGAGUGUGUGUGUGUGUGUGUGUGUGUGUGUGUGUGUAUGUGUGUGUGUGUAUUUAAGUCGACAAAGUCUAAUUUUUGAGCACCUUACCAAACAUAACAAUAACCCACUAUCCUUUUGGCAACACCACAAAGAUCGCAUCUGUUAAACAGGUACUAGUUGACAUGAGGUUAGUUUCAUUGUACACCAUGAUAUUGGUGGUAUUUAUGCUGUUAAGUCCAAACCUUUAUCUGUCUGUUAUUCUUAAUGUUGAAUAAACUUUGAAUUUUUUCCUUUC